UCGAGCUGGCGUCGCACUCCGGGACGAAGGCCAUACCCUCGUCGAUCGCCCAAUCCAGUGCACUGCAUAACUACUGAGCGAAAGAACAAUGAGCGCCACAGUAGACGAGCUCCAUGUCCCGGCUCCGGCUGACUACCAUGUUCACGUGCGGCAAGGCGCCAUGUCCGCGCUGAUCGCGCCCCACGUAUCCGCGGGCGGCUUCCAGCUGGCGUACGUUAUGCCCAACACGCUGCCGCCGAUCAGCUCGACAGAGCAGGCGCUGCAGUACCAGGCGGAUCUGCAGCGAAUCGCACCGCAGACGCAAUGGAUCAUGACGCUCUAUCUCUCGCCUGCGCUGACACCCGAGGAGAUCAGACAAGCGAGCAAGGCUGGUGUCCGUGGUGUCAAGAGCUACCCGCGUGGUGUCACAACUAAUAGCGAUGGUGGAAUCGAGGACUACGAGGCUUACUAUCCCGUAUUCGAGGCGAUGGAGCAGGAAAAUAUGGUGCUCAAUCUGCAUGGCGAAGUGCCUAGCGAUGCGGACAAAGGCAUUUGCGUUUUGAACGCCGAGGCUGCAUUUUUAUCGCAUUUGCACAAGCUGCACGCGCGUUUCCCAAAACUGCGCAUCGUACUCGAGCAUGCUACGACUGCGGCCGCUGUAGAAGCCGUCCAAGGGUGCAGCGAGACGGUUGCUUGUACGAUCACCGCUCACCAUCUGGCGCUCACUGUGGACGACUGGGCUGGCCGCCCAAUCAACUUUUGCAAACCCGUCGCCAAGUAUCCUAGUGAUCGCGAGGCGUUGCGACGCGUGAUCAAGGAAGGCCACCCUCGAUUCUUCCUCGGCUCUGAUUCGGCCCCGCAUCCGUUCGCAUCCAAGCUCCCCUCGGCCACGACGCAUGGCAGCGUCCCGGCGGCAGCGCAGAGCGCGUGCGCAGCUGGCGUGUAUACGUCCGCCAUCUUGCUGCCGCUCUGCGCGACCUUGUUGGAGAGUUUCGGCGCUCUGGACAAGCUGAACGGGUUUGUCAGCACGAACGGGCGGCGGUUCUACGGUGAUGCACUGGGAAAGAAUACAGCUGCACCUGGCGAGACGCAACCGGCAAAGGAUGUCGUUGUGCUGAGGAGGGUAAAAAGUGAGGGUGAGGAGGGUAAAGUACCGGGUGCUUAUGUGCUCGAAGGGCAUCAAGACAUGCAGGAUUCAGACAAGGAGAAGGUUUCAGUCGUGCCGUUCUGGGCCGGGAAGCAACUUGGCUGGGCUAUAGUAUGACCGAAAAGCACUAAACCACAACGUCAUUCAAAUAGAAGAAGUGGACGACGCAGCCUUCUUCACUGUUCCAUUUAAUUGCGCUAUGAGAACGGC